AUGGGACGCCGUGCAAAGAGGACAGAGCUGCCAGUUUAUGGUAUCGCAACCGAUAGCAACGACUGGGUCUUUAUAAAGAUUGACCAAGCGUUGAUAGGAUCUUACAUCGAGACUCUGCUAGAUGCGAGCCCUGAGAAUGACACUCGCCUCUGGGACCAUCAAAAACGGUUGAAUAACAGAGAAUUUCAGGUUGUUUAUCCAGACAAGGAACUCGCAACAAUUGGCAUUACCGACCUGGACUAUCCCCGCAUUCCGAAGAUGUCGUGCUCCAGAGAUACGCGAGGACUCGGAAUGGGUAGAUGCGGGAAUCAGCCCCAGCAGUUCUACCCCCAGAAUGUUGAAUGGUGGGAGACCCUCGCCAUCGCGAAGGCCACCCGCGAGCUCGACCGGAAAGCCAUGGGAUCAUUAUUGGCCCACAACCAACAUAAAGGCUGCGCUUUACACGUGCCAUGA